AAUUCGCGGCGGAGAGAAAAAAAUGCAAGGCUUUUCUCAGGUGAUAAAACUUAAGAUUAAGCACUUGAUUGGAGGUGUCGGAAGCAGAUGUUUCAGCAAGAUGACUGCGCAAAUGAAUCAAAAGGUGGCGGUUUGUCAGAUGCGAGCGACAAACGACAAGGACAGUAAUCUGGGACAAGUGAAGAAUCUGGUGGAGAAGGCAAAAAAUCAGGGAGCAACGUUUGUCUUCCUUCCGGAAUGCUGUGACUUCGUGGGAGAGAAUCGUCAGGAGACCUUAAGAUUAUCAGAAACCCUUUUCGGAAAUCUCGUGGAAGCGUAUAAAAGUCUGGCCAGGAGUCAGAAUGUUUGGCUCUCUCUGGGAGGAUUGCAUGAAAUCUCCCCAGACGCCCCAAAUCCACCCACGAAGAUCCACAAUUGUCACGUUAUCAUAGAUAAUUGCGGUCAAUUAGUCGCUUCGUAUAGGAAAUUGCACAUGUUUGAUGUCGAUACGUCAGAAUUUCGCUUCCGGGAGUCAGAAGUCGUGGCUCAGGGACCAGGAAUUGUCAUGCCGAUAGACACCCCGAUAGGUUUGCUCGGCCUGCAAAUUUGCUAUGAUGUGAGAUUUCCGGAAGUAAGUGGGAUUCUUCGCUCCCAGGGUGCUCAGAUACUGACUUACCCGUCAGCUUUCGCCUAUGCCACGGGAUUAGCUCAUUGGGAGACGUUGCUGAAGAGCAGAGCCAUAGAGAAUCAGUGCUAUGUGAUUGCAGCUGCCCAGAUGGGCUUCCACAACAAAAAGCGGAGGAGUUAUGGGCAUGCAAUGAUUGUUGAUCCCUGGGGCCAAGUUUUGGUCGAUUGUGAGGAGAAGGAACUGGAAGUGGCUGUGAUUGAUGUGGAUUUGGACAAAGUGGCCUCCGUGAGGCGAAAUAUGCCAUGUGAAGAGCACAGGAAGAUGUGUGAAAACAUCUACUCAAGGCUUCCGCUAAGAAUUCACCCUGAGAUUGCGAGAGAUUUCGAUUUUGGCGGAUUUGCCAUCCCUAAAGCGACUGUUUUCUAUGAAUCUGCACACAGUUUCGCCUUCACUAACAUCCGAUGUGUCGUUCCGGGACAUUGCUUGAUAGCGACGAAGAGGCCCGCCAAGAGACUCUCAGAUCUCACACCGGAAGAAAUUGGGGACUUCUUCAAUGCUGCUGUGGUUGUGCAGAAGGUGCUGGAGUCUUUCUACAGCGUCUCCGCGUCCAAUGUGACAGUCCAGGAUGGCAAGGAAGCUGGUCAGACUGUCGCUCACGUGCACUGUCACAUUUUGCCGCGUCGCGAGGGUGAUUUUUCCUACACAGACAAGAUCUACUCGGAGUUGAGGCGCCACGACAGCGCCCCCGUGGACACCAACAGACGUCCUCUCGAGGAAAUGGUGGCGGAGGCUGAAAAGUACCGACAACUCCUCAAAGGCACGAGAUAGAGAA